AGGGGCCACGCGAAAAAAUCAACACAUUCAAAACUUCGAAAAGCUAAGAACACCCAAAUUUCAAUUCUUCUUCUUCUUCUUCCAAACCAAGAAUCCUUGGAAUACUAUAGAAACCUGUGUACUUUGGAGCCCUAAAUUCCUGCCGGCAACGGUUGCAGGCUUGUAGCGGCGACUCCAGCGAGUCUCUACUUUCCAUCUAAGGGUAUGGAGCCCCCUUCCUCUUCUCCGUGGCUGUUCCCUGUGGAUUGCAACGAAUUAUCCAGUUUCCGACUCUCCAGUGGAUUGCAGCGGGCCCUUCCUAUCUGUAAGCAUAUUCAUGGAGACAUGGAGGAUGCUGAAAUGUGUAGGAGUAACUACUUAUAUAUGGAAGAAGAGGAUGUUUACGGAAAUGAACAACAGUCAGAGUUGGAAAAAAACAUUCAAUCAGAUGCUGCAGAGUUGGAGCCUCAACUAGAAGAUGUGUGCAUUGAGACACAACAAUCUUUUGCAAAAGAAACCCAAUAUGGUGAUGUUGAGGGUAAAAAAGAUACGAGUGAUUUUGAAGCAUCGAAUGACCAGCAUCCUAAGGAUUCAAAUGAAGCACAAACACCGUAUAUUGGUAUGAAUUUCUUAAACUGGGAAGAAGUUUAUUCUUUUUACAAUACAUACGCCCAGAUGAAAGGUUUUAGGGUUCGCAUAGGUAGGACUGAUGUAUCAAGGAAAAUUGAGUUAGAUGGUUCAAGUCCUAAGGUUUUUUCAAAGAGGUUUGUAUGUUACAAAGAAGGUUAUCGAAGUGAAGACAAACGACAAAAGGGGAAAAAAGUGCGUCAUCGGCCUGAAGUUAGAGUUGGUUGUCCAGCAUUUCUUUGUAUUAAACCAAAUUCGAAUGGUUGGGUAGUGCACAAAUUUGAGGCAGAUCACAAUCACCCACUGGUUCUUGAAGACAAAUCAAUUAGGCUCCGAUCACACCAACAGUUGACAAAUGGUGUAAAAUUGAUAGUUGAUAAUCUCCAUGGUUCUGGUAUAGGUCAAAGUCAAACACAAAUAGUUGAUGCUGUUAUGGAGUGCUUUGGUGGUUAUGAUAAUAUUGAUGUGACAAAGGGGGCACUUAAAGGUCAAAGAAAUGAAAGAAAGAUGAUUGAAGUGGAUCUACAGACAGUCUUAGCAUAUUUUGAGUCUAUGAAAGAAAAGGAUCCCGGAUUCGUUUAUUCAAUUAAUUUAUCUGAUAAACAAACUUCGAGUGCGAUUUUUUGGAUUGAUGGCAAGGGCAAGUCUGAUUAUGAAAUUUUCAGUGAUGUUGUGGUCUUUGACACAACAUACAAUAAAAAUCGAUAUAGAUGGCCAUUUGGUGCGUUUAUUGGUGUGAAUCAUCAUGCUCAAUCUAUUCUAUUUGGAUGUGGUUUGGUUGCAGACGAAACAAAGGAGUCAUUAGAGUGGCUGUUCAAGGCGUGGUUGAAUGCAAUGGGAGACAAGGCACCAAAAGCAAUUAUUACUGAUGAGUGUUCCGGUAUUAUAUCUGCAGUGGCUAGUGUUUUCCCUAAAACAGUACAUCGCUUUUGUUCAUGGCAUGUCUCAAAGAAUGCCCUACAACACCUUGGUCCUUUAUGGUUCCAAAAGCCUGAAUUUAAAUCAGAAUGGAAGCAGUGUGUCUAUCAUUCAUGGUCAGAGGCAGAUUUCCUAACUCAGUGGGAAGCGAUGAUGGUGAAACAUAAUCUAAAGGACCAUUCGUGGUUAAACGAGAAGUUUGCCCAAAGAAAGUUUUGGGUGCCUUGUUAUUUUAGAGGCACAUUCUUUGCUGGAAUGAGCUCGACCCAACGAAGUGAGGGGAUGGACAGUUACUUUCAAGGAUAUUUCAAUGGCUCUAUGACAUUGCUAAGUUUUGUGAAGCAAUAUGAAAGGGUUGUUGCUAAGCAUAGACAGAAGGAAGCUAACGCAGAGUCCAAAUCACUUGUCAACUUACCUCAAUUGGAAUCACAAAGUCCUAUUGAAAUGCAUGGUAGACAGGUGUACACAAGGAUGGUGUUCGAGAUUUUUAAGAAAAAUUUCAGCGCAAGCCUUAGCUUAUCUGCUGUAGAUGAGCCAUUUGGAGGGUUGAUUAGGAAGUUUAAGGUUGGACCCUUUAAUGUUCCAGUUGAGCACAGAUGCGUUGUUGAGUACAACUCCAUUGAUGAAGAGAUACAUUGUAGUUGCCUUAUGUUUGAGUUCGUGGGAAUACCAUGCAAGCAUUUUUUGAAGGUUCUACAAAUGGUUGAUCGUGAUAGUAUGCCUUCCAAAUACAUUCUAUCUCGGUGGACGAAAGAAGCAAAAUAUGGAUUGACUUUGUAAAGAUGUUUAGCAUUUUCCAUGCGUUAACUAGGAGAAGGAUAUCUUGAUCAUUCAA